CCUAAACCCUACUUUUCUCUCUCUCCCUAAACCCUACUUCUCCCUCUCUCUACUCGCACGGCUCAGCCGCUGCGCUCUUUCCCCCGUCUCUCCUUCUCUUCUGCCCUACGAGCUCGGAGGCGCUCUAAGCCUUCCCCUACCGUUACGUGAUCGUAUCAUUGUGCUCUUGUUGAUCUCUGUUAUGGCGUCCAAAGAUGUGCCCGAGGCAGUGCUACGGGAAUUUCAAGAACAGUUUGAUCGCCAACUUCUCUCCCAAACAUCAGCCAUGCAAACCCUAACCCAAACUGUGGAAAAGCUUCAGAGGCAGGUGGAGAUGGUUUCCGCUCGCGUUGACAAGUCGCCUCCCAGUUCCUCGGGUCUCCGUCACCAUGAUCAAGGUUCCGUCAUGUCCAAACUCAAGUUGGAUAUGCCUAAGACGGAUGGGACAGAUCCGAUUGGGUGGUUGUUCAAAGCUCACGAGUACUUUACCUUCUACGGGGUGGCCGACGAAUUACGUCUCCCGGCAGUUUCUCUGAUGCUCGAAGGCGCCGCCUUGGAUUGGUUUCGUUGGCGUCAGCGCAAUCAUUCCUUAUCCUCUUGGCCGGAUUUUGUUACGAAAUUCAAGUUGAGGUUUGACCCUAUCAAUUAUGUCGAUUUUUUGGGGGUACUGUCAAAGGUUCAACAGACGGGGUCGGUUUUGGCUUAUCAAGAGGCUUUCGAGAAGGUUCUGGUGAACGUUACCAACGUCGAUGAGGCCCAUCUUCAAUCCUUAUUCCAUGCCGGGUUGAAGCCUCACUUACAACAUGACGUGAUGCUGCAUAAGCCGGAUUCUCUUUCCGCAUCUUUCGCUCUGGCUCGGGAAUUCGAGUUGAAACAUCAAGCGUGGACCGCUACUUUGUCCCACCGUCCAGUCCCGUUUCGGGAGUCUGGCGCAGCCAAGCCAUCUGGGGGUCCAUCGCAGGCACCUCUCCUGCCCACGCCUGGUUCGAAGCCCGUACCCAACCCGCAGGUUUCCCCCAACCCUCCUAUUCGACGACUCUCUUUUGUAGAAAAAAAAGAGCGGGACGCUAAAGGAUUAUGCUACAACUGUGAUGAGAAAUGGGUGAAAGGCCAUCGUUGUGGUCGAUUUUUAUUAUUGCUCGAGGAUGAUGAAGACACAGAGGACAGCGCCCCUUCCCCGGCCGAUGACACGGUGAUUUCGGCAGACGUGUCCUCCCUCCAUAGCCUCGCCGGCGUGUCUGCUCCACGGUCCCUACGGUUGUCCGGCAUGCUUUCGGAGGUCGUGGUGGAUGUGUUGAUUGACAGUGGGAGCACCCAUAAUUUUAUCCAGCCUUCAAUUGUGGAGAAGUUGCGCCUGUCCGUCCGGGAGGUUGCUCCAUUCCGGGUGUACGUUGGCAACGGCGCGUCAUUGGUGUGCACUCAUCAGUGCUGUAACCUCGAUAUACUAUUGCAGGGUUUCUGUUUUACAGUGGACGUUUUUGUGCUUCCCAUUCACGGGCCGAAUAUGGUCUUGGGAGUUCAGUGGCUUCGUCUCCUUGGUAAGGUUACCCAUGACUAUGAUAAAUUGACUAUGGAUUUUGUUUGGCAGGGCAGGCCGGUUGCACUCCAGGGGGAUAGUUUGUCGCUGCGGCCGUUAUCGCUCCAUAAUUUCUACACCUUGAAUGCUGGUCAGGGCAUCGCUGAAUGUUAUGAAAUCGUGGUGACGCCUCAGCCCGGGGACUCCUUGGAGCAGACCACUUGUUUUCCAGCGGAUUUACCCCCGGAGAUUUUGGCAGUGUUGCAGCAGCAUGGGGCCGUGUUUGCCCAGCCCUCCGGCGUGUUUCCCCUACCCGACGACUUGGUGGAUGGCCGGCCGCCGUCCCAUCCAGUGCAGAUUCACGCCACCCGUUGGGUGCUACGACGUGGGGUUCGGGAGGAACAAUACUUGGUUUCGUGGAGCGAUAGCACGUUGGAUGAUGCAACCUGGGAGCCGGCUGCCCUCAUCCGGGAACAUUAUCCACAUUUACACCUUGAGGACAAGGUGGUUUCUGAAGGAAGGGAGAGUGAUACGGACGGCUCGACGAGGGAGGGUUUGCCAUCACUCGAUGAGUGAAGGACGGCAUUUUUUUGUUGCAUCUUUGAAUGUAUCAUGCUCAAGGGUAGGAGGAUUAGAGGAGAAAACAGAUGUAGCAUAGAGUUCGAGUUUAAAAAUUCCACUACAUGUGCGAGUUUGCAUGUGAUGCCGCGGUGGAGGUGGUGGAAGGGUAGGGAUUGGAUACGAUUUUGGAGUACAACGGGGUGUAGGAAGGGUUCCAAAUUAUAUUGGAGUAUCAGGUAAGAUAUUUAAUAUAAGUGGUUUCAGCUUUAAGUUGAGGAAUUAGAGGUGACCGAGGUGGGUUUUGGGGUAGGAUUAGGACAUGGAGGGAGAAUCGGGGUGGUGGGCAUUGUUUAAUGAAAAGUUUACUCCAUAUAGCACUAAGAGAUAGUGCAUUUCCAUGAAAACGGCUAAACACGUUUUAUUCCAUUGAUGGCACAUAAUUCAAUCAAUCGGUUCCGAAUGACCAAUUGCAAGAAUCCAGUUCUACGUGAUCAUAUGGAGCAUGUUAUUUCAAACUGUAAUUUUGUGCGAGAUGAAAUCAUGAUAUGCACCAAGACAACUCAUCAUGCUCCCUCUUCUAAGGCAGCUACCAGACACUCAUGAAAUCACUUCUGCCCGCUCCACUCCAGUACUUGUGUUCCAAUUUGUCCCUCUUUACCGUUGUUUAGCUUGCGGGAAAGAUAUUAUAAUCU